AUGGCGGAGGAAACAAUUAUGUCUAUGAAUGAUCAGGCAAUUAAAAUUGAACCACCAGAAUAUUCACCAGAAGACAUUAAACUCGAAAUAGAGGAUGGUUUUGAUGAUCCUGAUGUUAAAUCUGAAUCGUGUUCUGAAGAUGGUGAUACGUGUUUACAAAGAUUCAUGAAUUCCGAAGUGACAAUUGAAGAAGAAGUCAAACAGGAGUUAGUCGAGUCAUCAAUUUAUGAAUGUGACAUUUGCAAUAGAUCAUUUCCAGAAUCAGACCAUUUAAAAAAGCAUAUGGCCGAUCAUAUUCCUAGUAAUAGCAAAGAAUGUUCUUUCAAAUGCGAAGUCUGUUACAAGGCUUUUAAUCGAUUAAGUAAUCUGAAAAGGCACAUGCUCAUUCACAGUGGUGAGGGCGCCCAUGAAUGCAAUUUAUGUAAAAAGACAUUCACGCAAUCAGAAAGAGGUCAUCUGAAAAAUCACCUGCUGAUACACAGUGGAGUACGUCCCCAUGAAUGCAAUAUAUGCAAUAAGACAUUCACAGAAUUAGGUGGUCUGAAACGACACAUGCUGACGCACAGUGGGGUUCGCCCUCAUAAAUGUGAUAUUUGUAAUAAGUCAUUCACACUAUCAUCUAGUCUGAAAAGUCACAUGCUGAUACACAGUAGUGUACGUCCUCAUGAAUGCAAUAUAUGCAAAAAAACAUUCAGGCAUUUAUGUAAUCUGAAAAGUCACAUGCUUAUUCACAGUGGUGAGCGUCCCCAUCGAUGCAAUAUAUGCAAAAAGACAUUCACAGAAAGAGGUCAUAUGAAAAAACACAUGCUGAUUCAUAAACGAGAGCAUUCCUAUAAAUGUAAUAAGGAAUUUACUCAAUCCAAGGAUUUGAAGAGACACAUGGCACUUCAUAGUCAGAAGCCUGGUGAAGAUCAAUGA